AUUUGAUUGGAUACUGGAAAACGUGAAAAUGUGAAAUUAUUUUUGUUUUGUCAUACUAUUCUAAAUAAACCGGUUUAACCUGCGAUCUUGAAGGAUGUCUCUGACAUUGUGGUUGCUAGGCAACGCAUAUACAUUACCUGGGGUUGUUGCCAUAGUAACUGGGGGACUCCUCUUAUGGCUGAUAUUGACUCUUGGAAAACAUAAUAAAGAUACCAUAAAGGUACCUGAUGUGGAUGUUACUAUAGCAACCAAUGAUGCAGUCAAGAAUACUGAAGAUGCUGGAGAAGAUGAACUAAGAUUGAAAGUAUUCUAUGGAACACAAACUGGCACAGCUAAGAACUUCUCAGAAGAAUUGCAGAAGGAUGUGUCCCAAAGUUUUCCUGAGGUCCACACUGAAGUCAUUAACCUCAAAGAUUUUGAUCCUGAAGAUGGGUUUCCAGAGGAGAAUCUAGCCAAUCUCAUCUGUGUGUUCAUCAUCUCAACCUACACUGAUGGCGUCCCACCAGAGGGAGCUACAUGGUUCUGUAAAUGGCUGACAGAAACUGCAGAUGAUUUCCGUGUACAGAAGACAUUAUUUCAAGGCCUUAGAUUUGGCGUUGUUGCCCUGGGUAACUCCCUCUAUAAGGGAAACUAUAAUAAGAUUGGUAAAGAAGUAGAUAGAUGUCUCCACCAGUUGUCUGCCAAGAGGAUCACUCAUGUUGGUCUCAUAGAUGAGAAUGUCUCGGAGAGCAAACACGGUGGUAAAGAAGCCGAUUUUGCAAGCUGGAAAAGCCAUUUCCUAGAUGUGUUGGCAGAGGGCACAUUUCCACCAUUGAAAGACCAUGCCUGCGAGUGUAAACAAAAUGGCGGCAAAUGCAGCAACAAAAAGACAAAAGAAAAUCAGUUUGAGUCUAGUAGUGAUGAGUCUGAUGCUGAGCCAAUAGAUGGAGCAACUGAAGGUGUCAAGCAGUCGAAUGGACUCGUUGACCUUGAAGAUUUAGGAAAGGUCGUCAGCAGCAUGAAAAAGGCAAAGGUCCGUAGGCAACAAGAAGAUGAAGAUAAAGAAAACAAUGAACCCAGGGAGAUGGUUACUCCGUUACUAAGGCAAUCUCUAGAGAAACAAGGCUAUCGUCUGAUUGGUUCACAUUCUGGGGUGAAACUGUGCCGCUGGACUAAGUCCAUGUUACGUGGUAGAGGUGGGUGUUAUAAACAUACAUUCUAUGGUAUAGAAAGUCACAGAUGUAUGGAGACAACCCCCAGCUUGGCAUGUGCUAAUAAGUGUGUAUUCUGCUGGAGACAUCAUACUAAUCCAGUUGGUACUGAAUGGAGAUGGAAGAUGAAUCCUGCUGAGGAAAUAUUUGAAGGUGCUAUCAAAAAUCACACAAAUCUCAUCAAGCAGUUCAAAGGUGUCCCUGGUGUGCAGCCUGAGAGGUUCCAGGAAGGUUUGAAGCCAAUACACUGUGCCUUGUCACUAGUGGGUGAACCAAUCAUGUACCCAGAAAUCAACAAAUUUGUGACAAUGUUACACAAUGAUGGCAUUUCAUCAUUCCUUGUCACAAAUGCUCAAUUCCCUGAAGCUAUAAGAGAUCUUGUCCCAGUCACCCAGCUUUAUGUUAGUGUUGAUGCAAGUACGAAGGAGUCCUUGAAGAAAAUAGACAGACCCUUAUUCAAAGAUUUCUGGCAGAGAUUUUUGGAUAGUUUAAAGGAAUUAGGCGAUAAGGGUCAAAGAACAGUGUACAGACUGACAUUGGUGAAAAGCUUCAACACAACUGAACUAGAUAACUAUUCUGAACUAGUUAAGCUUGGCAGACCAGACUUUAUUGAGGUCAAGGGGGUAACAUAUUGUGGCGAAUCAAAGGCAAGCAGCCUCACUAUGGAGAAUGUCCCAUGGCAUGAGGAAGUAGUGAACUUUGUCAAGCAGCUUACAGACAGACUGCCAGAUUAUGAGAUAGCAGCUGAACAUGAACAUUCAAACUGUGUGCUCAUCUCUCACAAGAAGUUCAAGGUGGAUGGUGUAUGGCAUACCUGGAUUGACUAUCCCAAGUUCCAUAAGAUAAACAACCUCUAUACAGACUCUAAAGGGGCGGAAAAGUUCACUGCGGUGGACUACAUGGCCCCCACCCCCCAUUGGGCUGUCUAUGGGGCACGGGAGCAAGGAUUUGAUCCACAGGAGACUAGAUUUCAUCGCAAAAAGAAGAAAGAUUUAAGUGGCUGUUAAUUUUGACUAUUUUUAUUAUAACUGUUGUUUAAUAUUGUAUACAGCACCUUUAAAUUUGUCAAUUGAUUUAGAAUUGGAUUCUUAAGUUAAAGGUACACUGUUUUUUAUAUUUCAACAUUUCUCAAGGGCAUGUGUGGACAUUAGAACAAAUAAAUAUUUAAAUGUCUAAUUUUAGCCCAGAAUAAGCGGCAGCGUACCUUGGUGGCUGAAUGGAUAGGGUUACUUACAUGUAUUUACUAUUUAUGUUGUCUCAUUUAUAAAAAUGUGAAAUGUCUACUUCUAAUCCAUCCAACCAUAAGUUCAUAACCAUCUGAGCUUUAAAGUGGAUUGUCCAAGUACAUGUAGUACCUUAAGAAAAGUCAUUACAACUCUUAUCAUUUAAUGUGUCUACAUUGUAAGUGAAUUCAGUGAAUAAAAAAUCUGACAUUAUUUGACUGACCUCUCGCUAUG